CUCGCUUAUUUUCGUGCACAGUUUCUUCAACUCCAUUAAUGGCGGUCGCGAACUGAAGCGACCAAGGUCAGCCCUCCAUUUCUGAAUCCGCCUUUGCUUUAUGCUAACCCAAUACUACUAUAGAUAUUAGUAGCGAACCCAACCAUUGAAUAUUAGUGUAAUGCAUUAAGUUAGAUUAUCUUGACGAAGAUGCCGAUGCCAUCACACAAAGUUACCCACUUUAGGGUUUGGGUGUUGCUCUCGUUAGGAGAUGGGUCCCUGAGGUUCUGUUUGUUUCGACGGAAAAUGGGUUGGCUGAAGUAUCCCGGGAAAUGUUUUGUUUGUUUGGUUUUUGAAAUUUCCUGGGAAAUUGAAAGAUUUCAAUCAGAGCUCCAUUUUUGCACUGACGUAUUUUCUAUUUCCACUUAAAACUUUAACCUUUGGGAUGUGUUUGUUUCUCGGAAUAUAGCUAAGGGAUGGGUUUAGAAUUCCCUAAGAAUGCAUUUCUGGCAAGUGCAAACUUCUGGGUUUUUAAUUUGGCCAGAAAAUUACAAUGUGUUUGGUUUCAUAUAAAAACUCAGAAAAUAGAUGGUUUCCAAACCCAUCAUUUAGAGGUGGGUUUCAUAAACCUAUUGUUUGGUUUUAACUUGGCACCUUGCCAUUGGAUUUAUACUUUAAAAACAAAAAUUCUUUUGGUGUCAUUGAUAAAAACAUUUCUAUUUUUAGCAUUCCAAAUACUGGAAUGGGAACAUUCGAUGCCAUUAAUUCUAAAAUCCAUGUUCCAAAGUAUGGUUUUUUAAAUUCCUGAAAUCUGCUUCAGCGAAACAGACACACCAUUGGAUUUGAAUGUGAUGGUUGGGAAAGGCAGUUCUUUUUAUGGCCUAUGGAAAAGUUUUUGUCAUAAAAUCUCUUUAGAACAACUGCUUUCAAUUUAUAGUGACAGAUGUUGAAAUCUUUUGGCAAGAUUGAACCACCAUAUAAUGUGUAAGAAUGAAGGAGAUUGGCCAUUUGAGGGAACUUAGACACGAGCAUCGUGCUUGGACCAAGGGUCUCAAACAGUAUGAACAUGAAUGAUAAGUGUGAAAGUGAAAGCUUCAAGGCUUAGAUUGGCCAUAGGAAAGUUUCAGUAGGUUUCCUCUUCUCAUCUAGAUAAAAGGGAUAUCUCAUCUGAAAGGGGUAGUUUAUUUAGGCUAUAGUUGCCUAAUUGGAUGAGAUCUCAUGAGUUGAGUUUCUUGCAGAGUAAGGAUGGUUUGUACAACCAAAUUAUGUUCAUGUGGAACUUUAGAGGGUUAAGGAGGUCAGACCAAGGACAGGACACUUGACUUUUUCAAGGGUUCUUUCUGAGUUCUCGACCUCCUCAUGGUUUUCAUUCUCUACUAACAUUGGACUGUAUGCUAUGUGUUUGAAGUGUUAUAGAAGUGAUUGAAUUUCGGCAUAGAUUUGUUUACUAUCUUUUGCUACAUUGAGUAUAAGUUAGAAAGUGGCACCUGCUAAGGUGAUAAAAUUUGAUACAGGGUCUGAAUAGGAUUUGAAGGAUAACUUUGCUAAAAUGACAUUAUUGAGAAGUCCUAGUGGUCGUGACAAUCAGGAGAGUGCUAAGAAACCUUCUUUUCCCUUGGCGGACCAGCUGCAAAAACGGAAGUCACCUUUUGGCUUCUAUACUGAUUCUGAUAUGUUGGUGUGGUUGAAAGGGCUAGCAUUAGACCCUUGUGACCGGAAAGCAUCCCCAGAUUCAGCUCAACAAUUAUGGAAGCAGAGUCUUAAAGUGCGGAAACUAUUGCUUCUUGGUAAUGUCGUUUGUCCUCGGAGAAAACGAAAACUUCAUCAGUUCCUAAACAGUAGUAAGUUCGCAGGUGCUUCUGGAUUGGCUACAGAGAAAUCUGAUGUUCAUACUGUAAAGAAAAUGGGCAGAGUGCAUUCUGUCUCAUGUGUAACCAAUACAAAUGCCAACAGUGAAAUUUUCGAACCACUGCUUCUCUGUAACUCACGCAGUUCUGGAAGUUUGUUGACUUUUGAAGAUGAAGAUCAGCAUAAGCCAGGCUAUACAGAUUUGGCCAUUAUGGAUGUGGAAAAUAUUGGUCCAUAUUGCAAGGAUAAUUCUGCCUCUCCUUUAAUUGAUACAGAUGAAUCAAACAAUGGUUUGAACACAUUGAGUCCGAAAAACUUGAAUUUCUGUGAUGCAACCAAUGUGAAUCUUAAUGAUACAGCUGAAAGCUCAGACUCUUCGAGUUUAGACGAGAAUAGUUCAGAACUUGAAUGUGCAUUGAGGUCAUUGGUUUCCAGUGAUGAUUAUCUUCCAAGAUCUAUUCCUGUGAGAGAGAUCGAUGGCUCAGCUCACCAUUCGGAUCCAUUGAGGUCAAAGGAGCAAAAUUCAAAAGUUCGAGAAGCAGUGAAAAUAAUGUUUUCAGAUGGUGGUGUUCUGAGGGCUGUUGUUCCCAUUGGUCCUGGUUUUCAGGUGGAAGUCCCAGAAUGGACGGGUCCAGUGGAUAGGAAGAAUCUUUAUGGUAGUGAUGGUGAUUCGAAAGUGUCAAGGUGGUUGGGCAAACGAACGUGGCCCAUUAAAGGAAAAAGUGCAGGAACCGCUGUGAAAGAACUUGGUAAAGGGAGAUCCGACUCCUGUUCUUGCGUCUCUCCAGGAUCUGUUGGUUGUGUCAAACACCACAUUCAUGAAGCAAGACUCUGUUUGCAAUAUGAAAUUGGUCCUGCCUUCCGGAGUUGGAAGUUUGAUGAAAUGGGAGAAUUUGUCUCAGCGUCAUGGACUUCAAGUGAACAGCGGAGCUUUGAAUCUCUUGUCAGAAUGAAUCCACUAUCAAAUGAAGCAAGUUUUUGGAGGACUGCCUUUAAGCGUUUCCCUUCCAAGUGCCGGAAGAGCAUUUUGAAUUACUACUAUAAUGUGUUCAUCCCUAGACGUAUGAGCAUCCAGACUAGAUCCUCUCGUGAUGAAAUUGACAGUGAUGAUGACCAGACAAAGGAAGAACAGCUAACUGGAUGUAAAUCUAGAAGAUAGCUUAGAUGUUCGAGGGACAUGAAAUUGACAAUUGAGCAGCUUGAGGUUGUCAGUGGCCUGUGAUAUACUUGUCCCUUUAGGUUUAGCUCAAUGGCACUUUUUCAAGACUGAUCUUUUGCCCUAUCACAUGCCUAACCAGUGCUAUUUUGGUUUGUACAGACAUACAAAAUCCAAAGCAAUUUUGAUACUCAGUUGCCUGUG